AUGAGUUUCUCGCCUCGCCCUUUGGAUCCUCUUGGGUGCAGCAGUGUCCAGGAGCAGAGGGACUUGUGGCAAAGAAAAUUCUGUCGAAUAGCCAAAGAAAUGGUGCAAACAGAACAACGCUACUGCCAAAAGCUGGAACUGGUCACCACUUUCUUUGUGGACAUUUUGAAGGCCAAAGGAAGCCUGAGGUCGGACAUUAGAGAAGACAUUUUCUGUUCAAUUAAAGCUAUUCUAUCAGUAAACCAGACUCUACUGAUCCAUUUGGAGAAUGGCUACUUUGGCAAAGGCCUUGACCAGUUCUCCACCCAUAUGCACCAUUACUACACAUAUGUGGAUAACAUUUAUAAAGCCCAAAAAGUGCUUCAGAUGCAGCUUAAGAAAAACAAGGCCUUCAGACGGUUCAAAAAACUGCAGGAAUCCCGCCCAGAAUUCAACAACCAGAAGCUGGAGGACUUGCUCCAACUCCCCCUGCAGCGGACUGAUCAGUACAAACAUUUCCUGCAGGAUCUGACAGCCAACAUCAGUGUAGACCAUCCAGAAUAUGAACAGCUUUCAAGAGCAAUGACUGCCGUGUGUGAGGUGUCCCAGCGUAUUGACGACAAUACCCGGCGCCAUGAGAACCACUUGGAGCUUUGCCGUGUGCAGAAACUGCUGAAAGGGAGAAAGAUGAAGGUGUUGGCUCCAGGGAGGUGGUACAUCUGCGAGGGCUGGCUGAAGGUGGUCCCACCAAAGGGUGCAGAGGCCAAGCCUAAAAUGUUCUUCCUGUUCUCCGACAUGCUGCUUCAGGUCAAGCGUUGCAGCUCCCUGCAUUCCACCAGUGGACAGAAGUUUACUGCCGAGCAUGCCUAUCCACUGCAGGACUGCACCGUAGAGAAGGUGUUUGGCCACACAAGGAGCCAGGGAGGCUUGCUCAGUCUGACCUUCCCCAGAGCCAAUCUGCUGCUGAUGUCCAGCAACCAGGAGAACCUCAACAACUGGUACCAAAGCCUGAGUUCAGCUAUCAGGAAGCAGAAUUCUAAGCAGAUGGCGAUUUAUCAAAGAGAUGAGCUGUGCCGCAGACCUCUGCGCUCUGCCGCCGAUAGCCACAACACUCCUGCCAACGCCGCCAGCAGAAAGAGAAACAUGCUCACUGCUGAGAUCAGUGAGCUUCCUCAGGAGCCUCCAGUUGAGCAGGAGUACAGCGCCCCCAAGAGGAUGAAGCCAUCUGAUGCUUCAGAGCAGAGUGCAGAGACGUCCAGCUGUGUGAUCCUCUGAUGGACCAAACCCUGACUGGCAGUUUCAAUAAGGACCUUUGCUGUUUUGACACGUCUGCGCUCCAUAGCACCGUUUUUUCCUUUUCCUUUAUCAUGAAAUCAGAAGAGCUUUAUAUUAUUACUAAAGAGCAGCUUCAGCUACUACCCAUCUCGUGCAAUACAAACUCUAAUGACCUGCUGCUAUCGGGCUACAGCAAACAUUCAUCGCUUUACAGAAUGAUAUUGCAGCAACUUUUCUCCUGUAUGUUUUACUCUUUUACGUUUAUAAUCACCCCGUAGUGUUGUGCAGAAAUACAACAAUAUACACACAUGGCAAAAGGACAGUGGUGGUUGGUCAGUGUCAGCUUUCAUAGUGAAAGUGUGAGACAGCAAAGCUGAAUCAUUUAUGUCUGAUUCAGACUGAACGGCAGCUUGACCGGGACGAACCUCCAUCAGUGUGCGCUGUCGUCAGGCAGAUUAUUGUUACUACAUCUAAGCUGUGAUUUGUAUGAAACUAUGAAAUGGCCAAUGUGAAAUCAAUCAAUCAGAUAACAGCGCCAAAGGGAGACAAU